AUGCGAUCUAAGCCGUGCUCUGGGGGGGAUAUGCAGGAGCGAUAUAAAAAGCAGGAGAAGGCCGCACCGCAGAGCUGGAUGCUGGCUGUGUCGAACAAUCGUGUGUUCUACAAGAUGCAUGCUCGUGAUUGGUUUUUAGUGCUGGUGGCGAUUUUCAUUCCGCCUGUUGCCGUCUGGCUGAAGAGAGGUUUUUUCACCAAGGAUCUGCUCAUCAAUGUGUUGCUGUGGGUGCUUGGAUUCAUCCCCGGCUUGAUCCACGCCUUGUAUAUCGUCAGCCAGCAUCCGUUCGAGGGUCCUGACGAGGAGACGCUGACGCACUCCGUGAACAACUACGGUUCCACCGUAUAG